UGGGAAGGGCGUCUUAGAGCCAAGACUUCUAAGUGGUGGGGGAGGUCUUUGCUGGCUUGCAGAUCUGCUCUAGCAUGCCAGCGACGAUCUCCACCGCUGCCCAUCAGCAACCACAACUGCGGUCUGCCCUCGUCCGCUGCAACCACGAGACCCCUUCGUGUACAUAGAACAAUGCAUUGUUCCUAGUCUCAUCAUGUCUGGGAACCCUUUCCGUACUUCCCCGCAGCAGAACCAAGCCGCCAUCCCCUCAACUCCGACUAUCAGCAUUAUCGAUGGUGAUUCCAGUAGGGCUGAGGCACCUCAGCUGGGCACUGAUUCCGUGCACGCAUCACCGCUGCCCGCAAAGACAAAGAAAUCCGUCCGCAUAGAAUCACCCACAACCUCUGCUUCGCAUCCGGGACUCAACGAUGGAAAUGAUGCACAUGAACAGCGCAAAACCCGCGGACACCAUGCGGGUUCCCCACCUCUCACAGUUCAUGCGGGCUUCUCAGACAACUUCUCAGACCAAGUGGUGGAGACUCCGUUCAACAAAGACGCAGAUAACGACGAGGAUGGACGCGGAGGCUGGGGCUUGAUAGGAAGCACAAGGAAGAAUACAGGCAUGGGAUCGCCCGCCCCGUCUCAGAUAUCUUCUGGAGCUCCUGCCAAUCCGUUUUCAAAGACGCUGGCAACGAUCGAGCCGCAAGAGAAGGGCACUGCGGAGCGCCGGGACCAUCUGUCAGAUCGGUCUGCUGCGGAGAAGGCAGGAUCGGGGAACACAAAAACAUCGCUAGACGUGGAGGGAUUCAAGAGACUUCUGAUGACAGGAAUAUCCAAUCCGACCAGUCCCGUGAGCCCACAGCCACAGAUGGCGACAGCCCCAAACCAUAUCAACCCUUCCAUUUUCGAGAGUAGUAGUAGUACCGACACAUCUUCAAUAUCUCGCCAAUCAAUUUUCGAGCCUGUUCAGGACACACACGGGGAGACGCCUCGGACUUCAUAUGAAAUGGCUGCGUCGGAUGACGAGGAGAAGACUGGAUUGAUUGGAGAUGUGAGGAAGACCCCGAAGAAGAAACCGCCGCCACCGAAGCAUCGACAUGGCAACCUAGUUACGCACAACCGACAUCAUCGCCUAUCGCCCGAAACAGGACCAACUCGGACCUGAACAAGCCGCUUCCCCCGCCUCCUGUCCUCUCACCACCCGCACACAUUGUCUCUCAGGACAUAUCCCAGGACGAACGAUCCCACCUCCAAACAAACGCAAGUGAAUCAUCUAAUCAAUCUGAUGUUCCGACGCCGCAGAAGAAAGUGCCCCCCCCAGUUCCCAUUGCCCGUAGACACAGUCAGCUUCGGUCUUCAAACGCAGGAAACCGUGGUCGAAGUAACUCAUCUCUCACAUUGUCGUCCCAACAUUCCACCGAAUAUCCGCUCUUAAGUCCAAGCGCCCCAAGCCUCU